UAUAAUUCUUCACAAGCCAUCACACAAACCUACAAACCCUUCAAUAUCUCUCCACCAAUGGCUUCCAAGCUCUCUUCACCCAUUGCCCUCCUCCUCCUCAUCCUCCUCUUCUUUACUAUGGUCAGCUCCACCUAUGUUCCUUGCCCACUGCCGCCACCCAAGCCCCACAAGCCCACCCCGUCAAGGCAGCCACCAUUACUCCCCAAGUGCCCCAUGGACACCCUCAAGCUCGGCGUCUGCGCCAACUUGCUGGACGGUCUAGUGCACGUAGUGAUCGGCUCACCACCAAAAUCCCCAUGUUGCAUCCUAAUCCAAGGCCUUGUUGACCUAGAAGCUGCUGUGUGCCUUUGCACUGCAGUGAAGUCCAGAGCCUUGGGUCUCCAGAUUGACCUCUCCGUUUCCCUCGGCUUGCUUUUGAACUAUUGUGGAAACCAAAUCCUUUCAUUUCCCUUUCUGGUUUCUUCUUCAAUUUUCCAUUUGAAUGUCGUAUUUAAAUAA